AAUUGCUGACGAAUAUUUCUAUUAUUGUUUUAUUCUUAUAAAACAACAUGGCUUGUGAAGCUUGUAAUGUAAAAUUUAGCUUUUUCACGCGCAAGAAACAAUGUAUGGAUUGUUUAAGAUAUUUUUGUUCUGAAUGUGUGAUCAAGCGAUUAGACAAGAUACUGAGCUGUGAUAGUUGUAAUAUGUUAUCACGGAGACCUCUAAUACGAAGUCUAAUAGUACAAACUCGUUCUAAAGACAUGCGACAAUAUCUAUUAGCAAAAAAGGUACCCAUCAAAGGUUGUAUUGAAAAAGAAGAUUUAAUUAAAUUGUUAAUGACAUUUGCUAAUGGUAAUAAUAAUUAUUGGAAUACAGAAAGUACAGAAAAUACAAGAAGAGAGAAUGUUAGUAAUUCUCAACCAAAUCAAUCAGUAACUAGAAACCACGAAUAUAGUGGACAAGUUCCGAAUUAUGUGCAUGAAACCAAUGCUACACGAAGUGACUGUAAUGAAAUUCCAGGAACAAUUUCUGGAAUUAACAUUUAUUCGGAUGAAAGAACAGAGCCCAUACAUCAAGAAGAAGAAAAAAUUUCAAACAUAGCUAAUAAUCAACAUUCUUGUGUAUCUAUAAAAAGUCCUAUGAAUCCUGUCAAACUGUCAGACAUAAAUACAUUAUCAGAACUGGAGCAUUUAAGUGUAAAGCAAUUGAAGAAUUUAUUAAGUACAAAUAGAGUUGAUUAUAAAGGUUGCAUAGAAAGAUGUGAAUUAUUGAAUAAAGCUUCCAGAUUGUGGAAAGAAUAUGAACAGUCGAGGACAGCGGAAAUGGAAAUUUUGGAUGAAAAUCUUUGCAAAGUUUGUUGGGAUGAACCAAUUGAAUGCGUGAUUUUGGAAUGCGGCCAUAUGGUUUGUUGUCUAAAUUGUGGUAAACAAAUGUCGGAAUGUCCAAUAUGUAAACAAUAUGUAGUGCGGAUAAUACGAUUUUUUAAAUCUUAACAGACAUACAAUAAUAAAUAAUACCAGUGAUUUCAUAUUUAAUCAGAAAGCAGAUAAAUGUAAUCUUCACUAUCAUUGUAAUAUUUUAAAUUUAAAAAGGUAAUUGUUUAUUGACACAUUUUACUAACAUCAUAGAUUAAAAUGUAAUUCUACAUAUAUAUAAUCUCUUAUUCUAAUGCAAGUACAAUGAAACAAUAUAUAUUAACAUAUACUACAAGUAUAUUUCAAUAUCUUCUAUAAAUAGCACUAUUUAAAAAUACUAACGAAAAUAAGAGAACACGUGUUUGGUCACUCAUUAGAUGUUUAUGUAUAUGCGUUGUACCCCUGCGAUUGAAUUAAUGAAAUUUUCUAAUAAACAAACACUAAAACAUGUGUCCUUUUAUCAUUACGUUAGAUUCACCAAAGUAAGUUGAUUAAAUUCAGUCA